UAUUUUUUCAAAUCUGUUCUCAAAAAACACUUGGUAAAAAUUGCUUUAACAUAUUCAGUAUACUAUGUGAAACAUUUUGAAACAUCACUCCGGUUGGGUUUAAAGGCUAGAGGUUCGUGUCACUUCCUCAAGCCACACAAUUAACGGAGGAGUAACAAAAAAUGGUCAGCUAUUUGGAAAUUUGUGGAGUGGGAUGGCCCCUUAUCCCUUGCCCCUUCCACCUCUCCAAAGGUUCACUUUUCCACACCCCAUUUUGCUUUUCUUUUCCUCCCUCUCUUUUCAAUCUCCCCAAAAGUCCAUCUGUCGCCACUCUGUCUUCCCUUUCCCUCUCUUCAGCGUAUGUAUAUAUGCCAGUAUAGAAGCUGAAAUAUAGAGAAACGGGAUCUUAAAAAUGGGGGUGCAACUCCAGGCUUACUUCCAUCACCAUCACAGUAGGAUCAUGAUGGCACAACCCCCUCUGUCAAUUACAUGUGGUUCUUCGAAUUCACUGCUUUUCAAUGGAAAGAAAGCCACUCUCCGCCUAGAUGGAUCUCUUGGGCUGCAUUUUACCAGUAGAAAAAUAGACAGAAGAAGAAGGGACUUUGGCAUAGUCGCAUCCAGCAAUGUGGCUGCACCAUUCUGGGAUGGAUGGAAGCCUGAGAAGAGCUCUGCUGCUCCUUCACUUAGCGACAUCCUUUGGCCUUCUGCUGCCUCCUCUGAAGUCACCCACCCCUCUGUGACUCUGCAGAAGUACAAUAUGUUUAUGGCUCAGAUAGGUUGUGCAGCCAUUGGUGUUCUGGCAUUCUCUCUACUUGGGCCGGGUUGGCUCGCUAGGAGCACUGCACUUGGAGCUUCCAUAGCUUUCAUGAUCUAUACACGCUCUACACACCCUCCAGCUGCAAGCUUGCCCUUGUUGUUCAUUGAUGGAGCUAAGUUUCACCACUUGAAUUUUUGGUAUGCUUUGUUCCCUGGUGCCACUGCUUGCAUUCUCCUUUGUCUGAUCCAAGAGAUGGUAUGUUACUUGAAGCAGAAUUUCAAAUUUUGAUGCGUGGGACAGCCUCAUUUUGUCAAACUCAUUAGAGUUCGGGUAGCCUUUUCAAUACUGAACUGUAUAGCAUCAUAUUGAAGGGUGAAAGGGGACUUACUUACCAGAUCUGAGACUGACUGAUGAAAAUUUAAGCUUCUGUAGUCGCCAAGAUUAAACAGUCAUGUAACUCCAAAUAGUUGUAUAAAAAAAGGUUACACCCAGAUUCAAAAUCUUGGAAAUGAGUUCAUUCAGAGAGCAAUUCUUGAUGCCUCAAACCCUGAAUAAAAUGACAAUAUUUUGUCUACAA